UUCUAUGCGAUCAAAAAUAUUUUAUUGACAUAUAGUCGUUCAAUCGUUCAGAGCGCAUCUCUAUGAAAUAUGUCAGCGAAAUAUUCUUAUUAAGAUUAAAGGAAAAUGUUUAGAAAUGCACCUUAAGCAUUUCGUGCAGCAGAUUUCUAAGGUGAUAUUCUUAGUGAAAAGGCAACACCCCAGAUCUUCCACAAUGGUUUAUGAAGUUGUUGAAAGAACAGAACCUACAACGAUGAAGUCAAAUUCCUCGAAAAUCAAAAUGAGCAAAUUCCGAAUGGUCAAAAACAUCAUAGUUGUUUGCAUUGGUGUUUUCAUAUUAUUUCUAUCAUACACUGGAGUUCAAUUUUUACAAAGCACAAUUAACAAACAGGAAGGAAUUGGAGUUGCCUCACAGGCCAUAAUAUUAGCAGUUACCUCAAUAUGUUCUCUCCUUAUACCAGAAUAUUUCAUAAAGAGAUUUGGUAGCAAAACCAUAUUUUCUGUGUCCAUAAUAUUGUACAUACCAUACAUUUUAGCAAACUUUUACCCACACUGGGAAGUAUUGAUACCAACAUCAAUUCUAAACGGCAUUGGUGUCUCCUUGUUAUGGAGUUCAUCGGCAACUUAUUUAAAUGAUCUAUCCAUAAUGUUGGCAGAAUGCAUGUAUUCUGAGGAAGACUUGGAAAAAGAAUUACCUAAGCUGUUGCCAAAUUUUGAUUCAAUAAUCGGAGUAUUAGCAGACGAUAUUGAAGACGAUGAUGCGUGUAGUGAGAACGACUGCGCAUUGCCAGCGGCUUUUGUGUAUAUAACUGGUCGUAAAAGAACGUAUUCUGACGUUAACGUAGCCAAUAUUAGACGACAAAGUGCGCUUACCCUAUCUCUGCGGAGGAAUUCUUUUACCAACGAAGAGCAGUUGACAGCUCGCCGUUCCAGUGCAAUACCCAUAAUGAAAAUAAAUUCUGUUCACAAAGACCAGAGAUAUUCUUUUACACAAAGGCAAUCUUUAGAUGAAAAUAGGCAGGCUGCAGAGAUAUCAACUUUCGAACAAAGCUUAGAUUUCGAUGAAAAAAAGAAAGCAAAGAGUGAUGUGAAUGUUACUUUUAAGGAAAUGGAAUUGAAAGAUAGCUCUGAUGAUAACAUUCACGAUACCAAUACAAAAGAUAUUAAGAAUGUCGACGCUAAGAAGGAUCCAGAUUUAGCUUUAGCAUGUAAAAAAAUAUAUAUAGAAGCUAUUACUUCUCGAGUAUUUGGUAUUUUUGGCAUGGCGUUUCUAUCUACCAUUUUUUGGAGCAACUUGAUAUCAUUCUUCAUUAUUGGGGGAUAUGAUUUUAUUGACGAUAGCUACAAUUUUACUUGCAAUUGCGGUACCAAGUUUUGCCAAGGAGGACUGAUAUGCAUAAAUGAAACACUAGCAGAUUUGGAGGAUGAAAAAAGAUAUAUAUACUUUUCUGUUUGUACUUUGCUGGCUGUCAUUUCAUUUAUAUUCGUAUUCUUCCUUCUAGACAACUUAGACGCUAAGAGAACAAAUAUACGUUUUUCGUUGCAACGAUUAUUAGCUACUUAUGAAUUUUCAAAGAAUAUCGAUUCAGCACUUUUGAUACUAUGCACUUUAAAUACUGGAAUGUCUACUGGAUUCUUCCUCGGAGAUUUUACACAGGUAAGUAGUAAUAAUUUUACAAUAAUUCUUAUUUAUUUUCAAAUUGUAUCACUUUCAGCACUGUAUGGAAUAUUCUUUAAAGAAAACCAAGAAGCUGCUUUCUCUGCUUAUUAUGUAUGGUAUUCCUUAGGCCUAUGUUUAUCCUUAGCAAUCUCUGGAUAUUUUUGUAUUUUUGAAAAAAUGUGUGCCUUACUUGUUGUAUCUAUUAUUGGAUUUAUUGGAUACGUCAUUGUCGAAAAAAGACAUAAAAGAAAGUAUUUCAUGAAAUAAAUACGCUUUUUUUUUGUUUGUUUUA